AUGGUGGAUCCGAACCUCUAUCCGAACCUCACUGUGAGAGUUGUCUCCCUCGCGGAAGUUGGUCCCACGGAUUCCGUGGCACGGAAGUCAGGGAUAAAACUCCCUGGCCAGGGCAACUAUGCCAUCCGCAAGAUAUGCCUCAGUACAACUAAUGUCGCUGGCUGGGGCAACUAUGCCAUCCGCAAGAUAUGCCUCAGUACAACUAAUGCCGCUGGCUGGGGCAACUAUGCCAUCCGCGAGAUAUGCCUCAGUACAACUAAUGUCGCUGGCUGGGGCAACUAUGCCAUCCGCAAGAUAUGCCUCAGUACAACUAAUGCCGCUGGCUGGGGCAACUAUGCCAUCCGCGAGAUAUGCCUCAGUACAACUAAUGUCGCUGGCUGGGGCAACUAUGCCAUCCGCAAGAUAUGCCUCAGUACAACUAAUGCCGCUGGCUGGGGCAGCUAUACCAUCCGCAAGAUAUGCCUCAGUACAACCAAUUUUUUGGGUCGGGGCAACUAUGCCACCGGAAGAUACGCCGCAGGUUCGCGCCAUAAGAUGGUGACCAUCUGA